GUUGGGAGGCUUUUGUUUUACUAGUGUAGCGUCUCAAAUGUGUUCUUAAAAAAACACACACAAAAAGGAAUUUCACUAUGGUGGAGAGAUGGAGGGAAAUCAGUUCAAAAAGAUGUGUGGAUGAAUAUCGACAAAUGGAAUAUUAUGCUGCUGUAAAGAUUCAGAGUUGGUUUCGGGGAUGCAAAGUCCGGGCAUACAUCAGGUAUCUGAAUAAAAUGAUGAUUUUUAUCCAGAAAUGGUGGCGAGGUUAUCAAGGAAGAAAACAGUUCCGGAAAAUGGUGGAGACAGCAUAUUUUAUUAUGAAGAUGAAUUUCUACAAUGAAAUGGCUGUCAGGAUUCAAAAAAGAUGGCGAGGCUAUUACAUCCGAAAAUAUAUCCAUAAUUAUUACGCACUCAAGAAGUACCUGGAAGCUAUUUCUUUGAAUAAUGAGAUGGUCAGGAGAGGACUGGAUGAGUUUGCAGAGAUGAAGGAGAGAGAAGAGGAGAAACAAGCGCUCGAAAGGGAAGAAAAGAAAAAGGAUUACCAAGCCCGAAAGAUGCAUUACCUCCUUAGCACUCAGCAGAUUGCAGGUAUAUAUAACUCACCAUACUUAAAAUCACCUGAUCCAAUGGAAUUGCAGUUAAGGAAAGCUAAACCACUGGGUCAUAAAGCUAAACCAAGACAGAAGGAUGUUGUGGAUCCCUGCCAGCUUCCUCGUACAGAUUCUUUCAGUUCUCAGCCAGUACCACUACUUCCUCCUAUUGGAAGGCAAAAACCUCAGGGCCCCUUUCGUGAUGCUGCUGAGGUAUUGCAGCAACGCCUCAAGCCUUUUGAGCCAAGCAUGAGGGUGGCAGCAUCUAGUGCUUCACUAGAAGAAGCCAGAGAAAAGGUCAAACAAGAGGAAUGGAGAAACCGUGUACAUGACGACGAAUUUUUUCCAUUUGCAUCAUGCCACAAACCAUAUAAGUAUAUCCCAUCAAUGCAAAGAUCAAGUAAAUAUGGUAAAGAAAAUUAUGGACUGAAAUACUUCCGGGAACAACACACAGAGAAAUGGAUAACAAACAAGGACUUCAUAACUGCAGUACCUCCAAUUCAUCUUUUCGAAAAGUUUGGCAAAACCUAUUCCAGAGCUGGAGAAAUAGUGUAAAAAUUUCUCUGCCCACCAUGUGCCUAACAUUUUUAAAACAAGUAAUAAAUUAUUUUUGAAAAUAUAAAAGGAAAAGUAUUGCUUAUGAUUACUAUGCCACUGCUUUAUGAUUUUUACGGACAUGCAGCUUCAGUGUUCCACAUAGUUUUAUAAUUCUGUAUGAAUGACUUUGGAGCAUUGAGCAAUCAGUGAGUUAAACUGCCUCUUGAAUUGUCUUGACCAUAAGCUAGAGCAAUUUUUUGUGGUGAGAAUCAGAAAACAUCUACAGAAAAAGAUCUCCAUCUUUCUUUUCAGUAUUCAGUCUUAAGUAUGUGAUUUCUAGUCAUUUUCUCCAUGGACAAGUUGGCAAUUCAACGUAUUUAUGGAAUGAGCUCGACAUCUUGUAGACUUAAGAACAUGUACUGUUUUUUACUA